UACUGACAGAACCUGCCAGCGUCACAUUGCGGUCAUAAUCACAUUUUUUUGCCCAGGUGUAAAACUUUAGAUAUAUUUUUGAAAUAAUGGUUUCGGUUUCGGGUUCGUCUUCGUCGUCUUAUGACAGUGAUGAGGGUUUACAAACGAACGCCCUCAUUGAAAGUAAAACAUGUAAAUACAUGGUAUAUAAGCUCCUCGGAGAAGGAACUUUUGGGAGAGUGGUGGAGUGUGUACAAUUAAACACUUUUGAAAGGGUAGCAGUCAAGGCAGCUAGAAGGGAAUACAACAAGUUUGCUUGGAAAGAGGCUGCUGCUGUAAAAGAACUGAGUGUUCUGGAUAGGGAUCGGUGCAAUUUGGUCAAGUACUACGAAAUUUUCAAGUACAAACGUCGCGCCUUCAUUUCAAUGGAAAUGCUAGACAUUAGUCUGCAUGACUUCGUGACUCAAAGGUCUCACAGUCCACUGGAUGUCUAUGAUAUCCGGGUCAUUUUAAAGCAGAUGUUUGUGGCUCUUACCGCUCUGAAGAGCAGAGGUAUGAUGCAUGCAGACAUCAAACCUGAUAAUAUCAUGCUUGUAAAUCAGUCUCAACAGCCAUAUAGAGUUAAACUUAUUGAUUUUGGUUUUGCCACAAGUCCUGCAAAAAUUCCAUGUGGCGCUGUUAUUCAGGCCCUUGGUUACCGGGCCCCUGAGGUCAUGUUGGGCAUACCUGUGACUGAAUCGGCAGACAUAUGGGCUCUCGGUUGUGUCGCAGCUUUUCUAUACUUGGGCUACCACCUGUUUUUCAACAUGAAUGAAUAUGAAAUGAUGCAACAUUUUGUUCACAUGUUUGGUCAGCCUAAUAAAAGCAUGUUACAGGAAGGGAAGCACAGUAAGAAAUAUUUCUGGAUGAGGAAAGGGAUAAUGAAACACACAUGGGUACUGAAGACACCAGUUCAGUAUUCAGUAUCUACAGGCAUUUUGAUCAAACAAAAUAAAACAAUCACAGACAGAUUUGCGUGCGUGGAUGAUUUAACC